AUGUCUGCUAGCUUUAUCCCUGCUGAAGGCCCUCGUGUCCAGCACCAGAUCAAAAUGCCAAACUCACGAAACGCAAAAACCCAACUUGAUCAACCUACCAAAAUAGUAUCGGGGACUCAGAGAGAUUUACUUGGUCAAUUACCUUAUGAAAUCUUUUUCCAGAUUGCAAAAUAUCUUGACAAAGACCGGACUCACCAGAUCAACCGGGACCUAGGCGAUGGAAAUUACCGGCAGAAGGCCAAGCAGAUACUUACUCUUGUAUCAAAAGAUUCAAAACUUUUGUACAUUUAUCAAUACAAUCCUGAAGCUCGGAUCAUGAGUGACUUGCAAUCUCUUUCCGCUGUUAAUCGUAGGAUGCAUCAUCUUUGUCAGCCUUUCAUAUGGCAGUCUCUCGCCAUACCUCAUGAAGUCUCUCGUCCAAUCUCUUUCUGGACCCAGGAGAUUUUGCCAAAAUACGCAUCUUAUGUCAAAGAAUUUUAUGCGCUUAUGGAAGACGAAUUCACCACAAUAUCACAUAAACCUCUUUCUAUCAGACCUGCUAGACGUGCUGCCGGUGAUGAAAAUCAACAUCAUUUCACCUUUCGGUCUUCUGAUACGAAUAAAUUCAAGUUUCGCCAGUCUAUCGAGAAUCGAUUCAAACUAGAUGGAAGUGCCUUAGAUAAAGACUUGCAUUUUGAUCAUCUCGACCCCCAAGUUCAACAAAGUCUCUCUGGAGUCAAACAAGACGUUGUGCUACUUCAUUCACCUGGUCUCGGUCCCAAAGACCUCCUCAAAGUGCUUUCUCAAUGUGAUGGAUUCACGAAGCUCUCUCUUCAAUUUCCCUGUGCUAUGGACCCUCAUCCAACAGACAUGACAACUAACCUGAUCUGUAACCUGACUCUACUAUUUUCCAAUCUUGAACAUAUUCAACAUCUCAAGUACAUGGGUUAUCGCGGUAGACCAAUACCUACAGAGUCUAUCUUUGAACCCAUCAAACAUCUACCACUUCUUGAAUCUCUCGAGCUCGCUAAUCUUGUUGAAGACGGGGGACAACCUAAUUGCCUUGCUAGCACUCUUCAAGAUCUCAAAAACUUGAAACAGCUGUCUUUGAUGCAUGUUGAUAUCAAAGACAACUCUUGGGGUCUUCAUAAAGCUCCUCCUCAGUUAGUCAAACUUAAGAUCCAUGACGCUCUCAAUCCACACCACCCCCCCGGAUUAUCAGGUCAUCCAAAUGUUUUCCACCCAGAAAUCCAUAGGUUUUCUCUACCUGCUCUAACGCACUUGACCAUAUUCCGUGACCAACCAUACGAGACUGUUCGAUGUUUUACAGGUUGUCCAAAUCUCCGUCACCUCACAGUGUAUCAUUCCUUCGAAGAUCGAUUUGAAAAUUUUACAGAUUUUAUCAUUAGUGAUGUAUUUUCUAAUCUCAAGGAAAUAGUAAUGCCCAUGAAAUUCCGAACUCGUCAAAUUCAUGGCCCAGCACUAGAUCCUAAACUUAUCCCAUUGGAAGAUUUCUGUAAAUCCAAAGGCAUCAAGUUGAAUAUUUGGGAUAAUUGUUUCCUUGAGCAACCAUUUUAUCCUCGUGAAGUACCUAUGUUCAACAAAUAA